AUGGACGUGGAGAGUGCUUUAGCGUUGGAUCUGGCAGAAUUGGAGGCAAUGUUGGCGAUUGAUUGCGAGCAAGUGCGAUAUGACGAGCAAGUCAAGAAAAAAGAUUUUCAAACUGGAGAAUGCUCUACAGCUUUUUCUUCUGUUGAUACAUGCGAUAAUCAAUUUACGGUAGAGGCAAAUUCAGAAAAAAGAAAACGGUCGACAUCACAAAUCGAAAUGAAGAAACGUCGGAAAGGAGGAAAUGCUAAAAGUCGAGUUUCGAAGAAGGUAGAAUCGCCGCUUGUAUUUGUGGCAAACGAUGAUAAACUACAGAAUACUGAUUCAACAAUUAGUGAUACGGCUUCUGCAUCAGUGGACAGAUCUGGAAAUACACGUCUGCAGGAUCCCAUGGAUUUGGGGCUUCCGCUGACUUUGAUAACUCCCCCAUCAAAAAUUGACGACAGCUCCAAUAUUUUUACUAAACCUACACCACCAGAUGAUGUGAAACGCAAAAAUCCUCGUGUUUAUUCGUACAGUCCGAUUUCACGAACUCGUUUGACCGUUCCUAAACGUCAGUUUUCCCCAGAACCUACUCGAAAAGCUACAAAGAUAUUGAUCGGUCCUAGAAGAAUAACCGAAACAAUUCACUUGUCGGAUUUAACGAAUAUCUUGCGCAAGUUGAAAGCUGGGGAAUUUUCAUUGCCAUCUGGCUUUACGUUGAAAUACAGAAAACGUUUUGCGGAUGAAUCGAAGUCGGAGACACUUUCCAUAAAUUUACAAGACGGCAGAGAUUCCGACGAUGUAAAUUCGUUGCAGUUGUCUUCCGAAAACGAUGUUGAAAAUGAGUCGAAAAAUGUAACUUCAACGAUAUUUGGCAUUGCGACGAACACUGAACACAUUAUCAUUUCCAAGCAAAAAAAAGAUGAGAUAGAAAUCUCUAAAUUACCUGAUGCAUGGAAAUGUCGUCGAGGGCAAAAGCGAUUGAAUGUGAACUCAAGCACAGGGAAAUUGCUUUCUUCCAGUUCAAAUGCUGAAACAGCACGACAUGUUGUGAAGGAAGAAUCGCCAACUCCAUUAAAUAUAUCAAUUUCAAAAACUGCAAAAGGAAAGCCACGGAAAAGAGCAGCGCUGAUCAAAUUGAAGCGAGGCAAACCUCGUAAGAACUUUAUAUUUCAUCCCGCUGUCGGUGAAAAUACACUAAACUCAGAUUUACCGAGCAGUGUUCCCUUGACCUUAUCCUCGUCAGAAACUUUGUUAAAGGAUUCAAAUAGAGAAUCAGCACCGAGUGCAUCGCAAUUCACAGCGUACGUGGCAGGUGCGUCACACUCAGUGUGUCACAGUGGCAGUCAUGGCCAUGAAAUUGAUGAGCAUGAGAAUUCAAAAAUUGAAGUUGUGGAUUCGGGUACGUCGGUAAUGUUUAGUAACAUGAUGGAUCAAACGCAAACUGGUGCUGUAAAAGAUGAUGAUUAUGAUGAUUGUGAGCGUUUACAUAUUGUGGAAACUGGUGACGAAGAUGAUUCCCGCGAUACAGAUAAUCGACUUUUUGAGGCGAAGAAAGAAAGAGAUCCGGAUGACAUUAUAACAGGUGUUGUCGCCAGACUGAUAGACCAGGUGUGUGAAGCACGUUCACUGAGUGUUAACUUGAUAACGGAACCCUUACGUCGUCCAAAUACAGUUGCAUCGGAAGAAUCACGUCGUGUUCCACCGCUACGUAUACGUAUACCGCAAAGACGUGAGCCACGUCAGCGUCGCCCUGCUCGUGUGCAUGAUUAUUCCCCGCCAUUGCCUGUUAGUAGAGCACAUCGUUUUGAUGAAACAUUGAAAAAACGAUCACUUGUAACAUCAGCGGAACCCUCUGGUGAUAGUGCUGCAGAGGCACGGCAGAAGAAAUCAGUGGGGAAUAAAGAAGCGCAAAGAAAGUGCUCAUCCAAUAACAAAGAAAUUGAUACUAAUCCACAAUAUCCACAAAACUCAAAUUUAAAAUCAUCAGUCCUAUACUCUCCGAGUUGUAUUUCACCUCCGUCAGCAGCAUUAGUAGGCAGCGGCAAUGAGGAAGAUGUGAUAGUAACUCCGCCAGCUAUUUGUGAGGGGUUUAAUAAUGUUGAAGGUGAAAAAAGCAAAGUCGUGCUGAAUUCAUCAUCACUUUCGUCUUCGGGACCUCCUCAGUCGGAAUGCGAGUCGACAGGUCGAUUUACACGCAAGAGACCAAUUUCUUAUGAACAGCUCUAUCCUUCUUUGUUUAGUCGACGACGUAAAUCAAGUACUGUCAAAACUCCUGCAAUGACACAAUCAAAUAUCUUUGACUCUGUUGAAUCCGAUGGUGUUGUUAAAGCCAGAAGUGGUGCAGAAGAUGGUAAUGCUGUCUUGUCAGGGUGCUUACCACCGUCGAAACAGAAGCGAAAACGUGGAUCAAAUUCUAUUACCGACAAUAAAUAUGCAGAUGACAGAAUUCAGUGUGUCGAAAAACUAGAGCUCGACACAAAUAUUUAUGAUUCCGGAGAAGGGAAAGAUCAGAUCAAUUCUUGUCCCAGAAGCAGUAAUUUGGCAAAUUGUGAUGAUGGGUUUUAUGACGGAGCAGGCAAGAAGCCUUUGAUUGAUGCGAUUAAAGCAGAGGGUACCGGAAGUACUGUAGAAGUACAUCGUUCAGGAGAAAAAACAAGGCGGCAUUCAAAUAGUUCGAUGAGAGAUGGAAAUGCCCCAUCAUUAUCUGAGGGAAUAGAACAAGAUACUACAAUCAGCUCUACGAGUAUGCGUCGCCGCAGAGUCCGUUUAGAUUCAGAAGGAACGAACGAGUUAUCUUCGAACUUAUCGCAGUCAGUAUCAAAAGUUCAACGACGGAAAAGUAGUAUGUCAAUUGAUGUUGACACUGCAAAACUCGACGGAAAUGAGAUCCAUACUUCUAGUCGAUUGAAAAACAAGCGAGCAGACUCAAAGUUAACUUCCGAUAAAAUAAAACAGAAGGCUCUGUGUCAAAGCAUGCCGUAUUUCAAACGUAUUGCUCAGCGUCGAAAACUUAAUCCACUUGCCAUAGGUUUGAAAAGUCGUUCAGGCGACGAUAAUCCAUCAUUUUUCUAUCGAGAAAUCUUGUUGCGAGGUGAUGAUCUAAAAAAAGAUAGCGGAGAUGUAGUUGUGGAUGUGGAUUCAAGAUUAACCGUUGAAGGUGAUGAUGAGGCUCUAGGCAGUCGUUUAGCAAUCAGUGUAGCACUUGAAAUCAACAAGAUCAUACCGAGACCAGAAAUGGAUAACGAAGAUGAAUUGGGAGCUGAAAAUGUUGACCGUGGAUAUCUGCUGACGUUAGACAACGUCAGAACAAUAUUUACGAGCGAAUUGUUGGACCGAAAGCGUUUGCUGAAUGACAUGUUGACUGUCGUCUCGGCUCAGUAUUGCUCCGAGAUAUCAUCCCAAAAUGUGUUUGGUGGUGCUUCAAUACGCUACAAUACAAUGGUGAAGAAUUCCCACCGACUGAGAGAUAAAGUUUUGCUAUUCACUAAGGGUCAGCGCGAAAACGCAAAAUGGGCACACCAAAUAUUCCUUAAACAUUUGGCUGUACCUAUGUUGGCUACCUACAUCGAUUUGUUGAGGUUUUGCAAAAUAAUGGGACUCCAUCUGCUGGACCUUCUUCUGGAGCAAAACACUACUGACAAAAUUCUAAAUAAAGUGAACAGUUAUAUUCAUGACUUUGUUUCUGAAAAGGUGCUUGAUCCACAAACUACUGCUAUCUCUAAAACGCUUACAAAAAGGCAUGCAAAAAAUAUUUGUUUGCUGACCAUUUCACCGACUUUCACACAUGCUGAACAUCGUUCAAGAUCGAGAGCACAUGAAUACAUGUUUCGAGUUCUACUUCCUAAUGUAGCGGAUAGAGUGGAGCCUGUACGACUGAGUUUACCAGCUACACAAGAUAUGUCUAUAUGUGAAGCUGUUGACCACUGCAUUCGGUUGGUAUCACGUAAAGUAGUGGAAGUACAUCGAAAAUAUCCAGAUCUUAAAAUUGUUUUGGUCGGUUGGGGAACAUCUUGUGUUAUAAAUCAUCAAGUUGUUCAGUCUAUGCCAAAUGUGUCCGCUAUCAUCAAUUUUGCCUUUCCAAUGAAAACAGCCGAUGGACCACGGGGUGAUGUUGACGAUGAUAUACUGCUCACAUAUUGUCCAACAUUAUUUGUUAUUGGGGAUCAAGCUACUGAUUGUGAUGUCCGUGAACUGCAGGUUAUGGCAACGAGAAUGAUUGCUCCCACAGGAGUAAUUGUUGUCGGUUCAUCAAAUUCUGAUUUGCAUCCUUCAACAUUGCGGCUAACUAUCGAGCGAUUUACUCAUCGAACCAUACAGAGAGCCUUACUGGAUGAUGUAGUUGAUUUUCUACAGUUAUACUGCUCCUCGUCUGCCACUCAUUCCUUUCGAUUGCAUCCUCUGAAGCUGGUUGAAGUGAAUGAUGUUGAUUUGUCAAUCCUACGUACAUCCAAUCUUUUCGCCGGUAACCAGACCAAAUUAACUAAAUUCGGUUCUGCAUCAAAAACUGAUAAAGGAGGGAGUGUAUCAGACAAUUCACUAAAUAUUCCUGUUGAAAAGCAUUGUUUAUAA